AUUAAACAAAGAAAACCCAUUACAAUUACAAUUUCUUAAUUGUUGACAGUUACACGUAACAUGGUAAUGGUCAGGCGUAGCACUGCUCAAUAUUGCUAUUUUAUUUUUUCAAGUGAAUUUUUCAUUUAGCCACUGUCGACAAUGGUUAUAUGUAUUUCAUAUAACUAAGCAUGAAUUAGAACAUUUUCUGAACUUUAAUGUAACUACCUGCUUUAUAACUGAAACGAAGUAGUGGAGGUUUUAUCCAUGUGGACAAAAUAUCCUAGAAAAAGGGGAGGGACGAAUCAUACUUGUAUUUAAACCAUACUCAAAGAUAACAAGGGUUAAUAACUUGAAAGUUUCACCAAUGCUUAGAAAAUACUUUGCAAUCAAUACUAAAUUAAGUUUGUUCACUUUCCAAAACCCUAGUUUUCCCCCAAACACUUGCUAAUCUUUAAAAGUAUGUUUAGUCACAUGAAGUGAAAGUACAUCUAGCCAAUUUUUUUCUUCUUCUUUUCAUGAUGAUUGUAUUCAGAUAUCAAAUUUUCAUAACAUUUUGAAUUCGUGAUAAAAAAUAAAGAAACAUGUUAUCAUUUUUACAUGUCUUGGUCACAGUCAUUAAAACCUGGAGAUGUAGUCAACGCUCGCUGGAAGGACUGCAGGUGGUAUGCAGCAAUCAUUCAAGAGAGUUUAUCUGAUGGAUGCAUCAGAGUCAGAUUUGAAGAUGGAAUAGACCACUGUAUUCGUAUGAAUUUGAUUCGUCCCUGCGUAGAAAAACCCACCAGUGAUGAGUUGGAAAAGUUCACAGAGUCUGAGAGCCCUUCUGAGUCUGCGAGUAAUGCGCUGCCACCUGCAUCUGAGUCAAAAGAGCGACAACCUUCAGAUCAAGCGGAUGUAGAUGAUCCCAAAAAACACCCCCCUUGUCAAUCUGAUCAUCCGACACCAAGCUUCGAAAUGAAAGAAAUAAGUGAUGAUGAAAUCAGCAUAUCCAGUGGUAGCGAGUACGUACCAGAAUCACAGUCAGAGUCAGACUGUGAUGACGAUAUUAGUUCCGAAGAAGUAAUUCCUCUUCCACAGGAGAUAUCAAUCACUCGGAAAGAAUAUGCAGAAAAUCAACUUCAAGCAGCAGUUGACCAUCACCGAAUAACUGAAUCUAAAACAAACUGCACUGAAGGAACAAGUUCAUCAAGUCAUGGUCAAAAUAAGGGUAAAAUCACUGUUAUGACAACGCAAAAUAUUGGUGGUAAGAGAUGUUACGAUAAAAUUGAUUUCUGCCUCUUUUGUCAAGUAAAACAAUCAAAGCUGAGAGUUCACUUGAAGCAGCAUCAAAGUGAAAGACUUGUUGCCGAGUACCUUGGUGCUGCAUCAUCCCAAGAAAGAAACAAGCUGAUGUCUAAGAUAAGGAAUAUGGGGAAUCACCAACAUAACUGCAAAGUAUGCAGAAGUGGAGAAGGAAUGAUCGUCCCUAUAUAUCGGCCAAAUUACGAAGCAAGACCCGAUGACUACCAACCAUGCCCAAACUGCUUAGGGUGGUACAACAAAAACGAAAUGUGGAAGCAUCUGUGUAAAGAGAAGGGGAAAUCUGGAUACAUUCGAGGAGUGAACGUUCGAGCUGGGAGAUUGCUCCGACCACUGCCGACCACUGUCACCAGUCGAUAUGCAAGGGUGCUGGCAGGUUUGAGAUCUGAUGUGGUGUCACUUUGUAUCCGAAAUGAUGACACAAUAACUGCACUCGGAGAACAGUUGUGUUUCAAACUGGGACAUAGCAGGGAAAACGACAACGUCAUUCGCUGUGAAAUCAGAGCAGUUGCAAGACUUCUCCUCGAAUUCAGAAGUAUGUCCGGUAAUAAGGAUGCAGAAGCGUCAUCAUUGAUUGCUCCAGCUUCUUUUCAGGACACCAUCAAGGCAGCAAGGAAACUCUGCGAGUUCGACGAAGAGACGCAACUGUACAAGAAGCCGUCUUACAGCAUUAAAGUCGGACAUAGCUUAAAAAAGAUGGCACUUAUCCUUGUAAGCAAAGCGCUCAUGACAGAAAGCAAUGAUUUAGAGAAAAAGCAAGAGACUUCUUGACCCUGUACGAGGCUAGGUG